AUGCCUCCCUAGACAGGUAGGAUUGGUCCAUGGUCUACUCUUGUUUAUCUUAUUUCCCAAGCCUUCAAACAUAGCCAAUCAAGAAAAGAGAAACAAAUUGAAUUCAAAACACUAAACAAUUUCAAACUUUCUACCCUCUUAGAACCCUCUAGACAUUACAAAUUUUCAAAUUUUUAUCAUCAAAACCACAUAUAAAACUCCCCCCAAUUCUCAUAUCCCUUUCCAUCCCACAAUCUCUCUCUCAUCCCAAAUUACAUAAAGAAAACAUUCAACCCAACCAAAUAAAACCAUAUGGGCACCCUAGUUGGGCAUGUGGCACCUGGAUUUGGCUUCUUUAUCAUUGGAUUAUGGCACUUAUUCAACCACAUCAAACUCCAUGCCCUCCACCCCAAAAACUACACCUCACCACCAUGGUUCCCUACUUCAAGAAUCAAGUAUUUGGAGCUCUACUUGAUCAUGUUCGGAUGCUCCAUGUCCAUAUCCAUGGAGCUCUUCAUCGGGCCCCACCGGCACCAGCCGCUCGCCCCGGAUGGGACCAUCCCUUCCAACCACCUACACAAUUUCGAACACUCAAAUAUAUCCCUCACUUUCUUCGUCUACGCCCUAUUCUCACUCUUGCUCGACAAACUUAACCCCCCGGCUCGAUACGGCCUCACCAACUUGCUUGGCGCCGUGGCGUUUGGGCAGCAACUCCUCCUCUUCCACCUCCACUCCGCCGACCACAUGGGGGUGGAGGGCCAAUACCAUUGGCUACUACAAAUUGCAAUAUUUGUAUCACUUGUCACAACUCUUUUGGGCAUUAAUUAUCCCAAUAGUUUCUUGAAUAGCUUCGUGAGAUCGGUUAGUAUAUUAUUUCAAGGUGUUUGGCUUAUGGUUAUGGGGUUCAUGCUAUGGACCCCUACCCUAAUUCCUAAGGGUUGCUUCAUGAACUUGGAGGAAGGCCACCAAGUGGUGCGGUGCCACGGAGAAGAGACUCUUGAACGUGCUAAGUCAUUAGUCAACAUUCAAUUUAGUUGGUAUGUUAUUGGAGUCAUUAUUUUUGCCGUCACUCUUUACAUGAUUAUGAUCCGAUUUUAUUUGGAGGAGGUUCAAUAUCAAUCUUUAUCGAAAUUUGUGUUGCACGAUGAGGACGAUGUGGAUGAUGUGGAGGCACAAAAGAAGAUUAAUCAGAGUAAGGUAGACCAGCCUAAGAGCUUUCUCAAAAUUGGAUUGGACAUCGAAAGAUAGAAUUAAUUAAUACCCGAUCAGUCAAAUAUAAGUUUGUAUGUUUGAAAUAGAGAAUUUCAUGUGCGUAUUAUUUUUUAAUUUUUAAAUUGAUGUAUUUAAGCCCACAAUAAUGUGGGCUUAGUUGUGAAAUGUGUUUGAGGGAAGGAAAAUGGUGUGACAUGUAUAGAAUAUAGUUUGCUGUGAAAUCAUGGCUUAGGUUGAAGUUUGUUAGCUCUUUCUGCUUGUUUGUACAUGUACAGAUCAUUAAAGUGAUUUUUUUUU